AUGCGUCUGGCUGCGGCUGCUGCCCUGCUCGCGGCCCUGCUCCCGUCGUCGGCCGUGGCCCAGCUUCACAGCGACUGCAACCCGCUUGAGGGCGACAAGUGCCCUCCCAACCCGGCCUUUGGCACCGCCCACGAGUUCACCUUCAACCAGUCCCAGCCGACGGGCAUGUUUAAGAACGAGGCCGGCCUUCCUGGCUUCGACCCCGACAACUACGGCAGCUUCGCCAUCAACAAGCAGGGCCAGUCUGUCACCUACAUCACAAACUUCUACUUCUUCUUUGGCCGCACCGAAGUCAUCAUGAAGACGGCGCUCGGCCAGGGCAUCGUCAGCUCCAUCGUCUGGAUGAGUGAUGUCCUUGACGAGGUCGACUGGGAGUUCCUCGGCGGCAAGCCCAAUUGGGUCCUCACAAACUACUUUGGCAAGGGCGAGCAAGACUGGCACAAUGGCGGCAACUUGACCUCCCCGACGAGCCUCCAGACCGAGUGGCAUAACUACACCAACAUUUGGACCAAGGACAAGCUCGAGUGGUGGUUCGAUGGCAAGCUCAUCCGCACCCUUACCCCGGAACAGGCCAACAAAACCCGCAACUACCCCCAGACCCCCAUGAGACUGUCUCUUGGCAUCUGGUCCGGAGGCGACCCCAAGCUCAACCCCCCCGGCACUGUCGAGUGGGCCGGAGGCGAGACCGAUUUCUCCAAGGCCCCCUUCACCAUGUACGUCAAGUCGGCCAAGGUCGAGGACUACUCGGCCGGCAAGGAGUACAGCUACGGCGACAACUCGGGCAGCUGGCAGAGCAUCCGCAUCGCCACCGGAAACUCGACGGCCUAUGAGAACCUCAACAAGCCCCCGGAGAAGACAGUUGCCGACAAGUGGAACGAGCUCCCGUCUAGUUCCAAGACUGGCAUCUAUGCCGCUGCCGGCGGUGUUGGUGGUAUUGCGCUGAUCGCCAUGAUCUGGUUCUGCAUCAAGAAGCGCAAGGAAGGCCGUAAGGAAGCUGCUCUCGCCGCUGCCAAGGACGAGGAGGAGCGCUUGGAGAUGGAGCGCUGGAAGAAGGAGGGCAAGAACCCGGACGCGUUGGCUUUCGAUGGUGCUGACGCCAGCACUGCUGCCAAGGGUUCCUCGGUCUCGGCCAUGUACUCGGUCCCUCGUGGCCCCGACUCGCCCCCUGGAAGUGCCCACGGCCCGCCCACGGGCGCAUGGGAUGCUACUAGUGGCAAUGGUGCCGGCUCCGGCGUUGCUCCUGCUGGUUACGCUCCUGGUGGCAUGCUGCGGCAACAAAGCUUCGGCCCGAGCAGUCCGUCGCUGGCGCCAGGCAGCCCAAUGCAAGCUCCCCAGAACGGCAGCUACGCGCCCGUCCGGUCUCAGAGCCCUGGCAUGGCGCCCAACUACCCUCUGCCUGGCUCACCAUCGCAGGCCCCUUCGCGUGUCGGCUCACCAGCUGUCCAGGGCUAUGGCCAACCGAAUCGCACGUUCAGCUCCGGUCCUGGUGUUCCUGCUCGCAGCAUGACUGCUUCGCCCGGCGGUCACCACAACAUGGGUGCUGCCCCGCCGCGAAGCAUGACCGCUUCUCCUGGAGGUUACACCGGUGGUGGCUAUGGCGGCGCCCCUAAUAACGGAGGCUACCAGUACAGGGGUUGA